AUGAACACUGGAAGAGGAAGAAGAGGAAGACGUGAUCGAAGAGACGCGCGGCGUACAGCACAAAGAGAGCAGGCGAUACUGGAGGCAACCCAAGCAGCGGAAGCUGCGGCAACUGCGGCAGCUGCCACGGAAGCGGCUAGGGCGAGAGUGCUAUCGCAGACAAGGACUAGACACUUCACGCCGGCAGACGUCAGGGUCGCUGGUAAUUUUGUCCUCAACACAGCGCCCAUGCCGCGAUUUCCACCAACGGCGAGGCCCGCAAACUACCGAUACGACAGACAGACCCAGUUCGCUGGCACCAGCCAUGUGGCCCAAGGCUACCAGUGA